AUGGCUCCCAAGAUUAUCUUUGGAACUGCCUCGUUCGGCAUGGACCUGACCGAGUUCCAAGACGUCGAGUCCGUCCGAGCCCUACUCAGCACCCUUCGAGACCUCAACAUCAGCCACCUCGACUCAGGUGCUCGCUAUCCACCGCUUAACCCCGGGCGUGCUGAACAGUUGAUUGGCGAAGCCAAGGAGCUUAGUUCGCACUUCCUGGCCGAUACCAAAGUUUUCACGGACACGAGAAACGAUGGAAGCGGGGAUCUGACUCGUUCAGCUGUCGCUAGUUCAGCUAAUGAUAGCCUAGAUCGUCUUCGUAGGGCUGAGGGGACGCCACUGGAAGAACAUAUCCAAGGGUCCAACGAACAGAUAGCACAAGGUCACUGGGUUUCUAACACCUCCCCGGAAACCCUCGAGCAAAUUCUGCGUCUUUGCGAGCAGAAUGGCUGGGUGAAGCCGUUGUGUUACCAGGGUGAGUAUAGCCUUAUCUCGCGAGGCAUGGAGACACGACUCCUGCCAAUCUUGCGUGCUCAUGGGAUGACCUUCAAUGCCUUCCGAGGGCUUGCGUCGGGAUUCCUGACCGGAAACUUCGUCAACGACCGAAAGUCGGGCACCCGUUUCGGGGACGAGAACCCACUCGGAAAGGCGGUACAGAGGAUCUUUGGUGCAGAAGAUCUUACCCGUGCAACGAAGAUAUUCGAUGCAGAGGUCAGAGCGCAUGGCCUAUCGCCAGUAGAAGUUGCUGCUCACUGGCUGUCUCAUCAUUCGGAAUUGACAGAGGAGGACGGACUCGUUCUCGGUGCAAGUAAAAGGAGCCAGAUAAUUGAGACGGUAUCCCUAAUUCAGAAAGGUCCCUUGCCGGCUGCCGUAUUAGACUUGACGGACAACCUUUGGACGGUGCUCAAAGAGACACGAGGCAACAUUAUUUAA